CCGGUAGUUCUGUGUUUAUAUGCAGGGACGCUAAUCAUCGAAAUGGAAGAGAACCGUUUGACCGGAAGUACACGUUUUGACCUGUACGUGAAGGCUGCCAGUGAUGGGAAGAGUCUUGGAGACUGUCCAUUUUGUCAUUAUGCACUUAUGUAUGCCAAAUCACUGGGCAUAGCAGAUGAGCAAUUUAGUAUACACUUCAUUGACACUACAAAUAAGCCAGAAGAGUUCAUGAACCUCAACGAAAAAGGCACUGUCCCAGUUCUAGUUGAUAAUCAAAACAAUCGGACCUUCACGGAAUCAGCCGACAUCGCCAACUAUCUCCGAGAGCAGUUUUCUAGCACUGAUCCUUUGGCAGAGUACAUUGGACCCGAUAAGGCUUUCUUUGGUGUUGUUCUUCCAAAGCUUGGCAAAAUGUUGAAGAAAAAGGACGAAAAUCAGGAUUCUGAAAAAUGCAAGUCCGAGCUCAUUGACCAACUUGAAAUAAUUAACAAAUACUUGGAACAGUCUGCCUCAGACCGGAAAGGUCAUUAUCUGGCCGGUGAACGGAUAAGUGAGUUGGAUUGCGUGUUUAUGCCAAGGCUGCGCCAUGUGAUAGUUGCUGGUGGUCAUUACGAAGGCGUCGAUAUCGGCGAGUUUUCAGCUUUGAAGGAGUACUUGGAUAUUGCUAUGGCGUGUAAUGAAUUCACAUCCACGUGUUGUGCAGAGGAGGAAAUCAUCAAAGGCUGGGCACGACACAGGAAAUGAUUACAUAAAUGGCACCGGAAGUACAAAUGGUGUAAUUGUUUUGAACAAAAAAUUGAUGUCGGAUCAGUAGACCUGCUGUUCCUUUAAUAGACUAUUAUCGGCUUACAAAGACAGGUCAAAGGUAACAAGUAUAUAAUAGUAUAACAUAUAGUUACUUUGUACAAAAAUUGGAUGUUGUUGGUUUCAUAAAGUUUGAAUAAAUACACACACGCUGUA